AUAUUUACUGGGAUAUGUGUUGGUAUAACACUGAGGCAGGGAUACAAUACUGCAAUUAAAUUUAUAAGAAGCCCGAUGUCAACUCAAGUUCAGGAAAUUGCUUUGCAGAAAGCUGUAUCCGAUCUUCAGCUAUCAGUGUGCCAACAAUUUGAUGUUAAGCAAUAUUUCAAUGGUACUGCAGCUACAGGGAUGUAUUCAAAUAAUAUUAUUUUUACAAAUUCAUGAAAUCAAUCAAUUUAUUAUUAUUUUUUAUAGGUAGAAAUUCACCUUGUAUUGAGCCAAAAGAGAACAUGUCUUGUGGACUGGAUGAGAAUUCAAGAUCUGUAUUACUAGAACAGCUUUUAGCUGAGUCAGGAGCCACAUUUAGGUUCUCAAAUAUAUUACUUCGGUUUGAUGGAGUAUUGAUCAACAGUACCAAUUGGAUUUCACAGCUAGAAAGUAAUACUUCAAACUUCAGGUACAGAAUCCUCCAAUUUUAACAUAUAAGCCCAUCCAAUCCACUUUCUUAAUCCAUCUAAAGGAGAUGCUACACUAAUCAGGGCUAGAUGUGUUCAAUAAGAAAUAAAUAGAAAUAGGUUUACAAUUCAACAUAUAGGGUGUCUUAAUUUACUUUUUCAUUUAAAACAGACAAAAAAUAUUUAAAGAAUUCACAGAAUAGUGAAAGCUUGCUGUGACAAGGACUGAACAGUUGUACAAGUUUGACACAAUAUGCAAAGAAUCCUUGAUUCUGUUAGAGAAACUACUAAAAACUUUUACCCAAAGCAACUGAGUGUUUUGUAUUAUUUUAAAUGAGGUUGCUUGUGUGUGUAUCUUCAUAAAAUCUAAAAUGUUCCAGCUAGAUUUGCAUCAUUGAAUAAAUUCAUAGUGUUAAAUUGAAUUUUUGAUGUAAAAGUUGUAAUGGACGAAAGAUAUAAAUUUUAAAGCAGUUUAAUUAAUUGAACAUUUCUUUUUACGACAAAAAAUGUACCCACAUGUUGAUAACUAUACAAUGCUAUGCCAUACUUGGACUAAAGAUCUCCAACAAUUCUCAAGGCUAAGAAUCAAUCCUUCUAAAGACACAGAAAGUGUAAAAUUGUAUGUGCACAAGAAAGGACAAUUCCUGACUGAUUUGAAAAAUGAACUUGUACAAAUUCAGUUCAUUGACUAUAUAGAGAAUAUCGAACUGAACAUCAGAGUUAGUAAACUCAUCUCAACACCAAGCACCCAAUGUGAGGAUGGUGUUACUGAGUAUGACUCUUGUGCUGAAGCUUUAACAAAUCUUCAAUUUCAAGAUCAAUGUGAUCUUGAUCCUCUGCUCUUGUAUCAGCCUAACAAUGCACAAUCUUUAAUGAAUAAAGUGCUGGAUUUAGAUAAGAUUGGAGCACAAAAAUGCCUGUUGCCCUGUACCCAGGUUGAUAUGGGUGCUAAGUUAAAUCCAGUAAACUGGCUUGAUACCUUUGAGUCAUCAAAUCAUACGCAUAAAAUGUUUACUCCUGGGUAUUACAUAACCAUCCCGUCAACUGUUCUUUACACUGAAAUGCAGGACCAUUACACUUUAAUUACCUUCAUUGCUGAGUUUGGAGGCUGGGUUGGACUUUUCCUUGGAGUGUCAAUUCUUGGAGCUACUGAAUUUAUAUUUAGCAAAAUGUACAAAGUUAGUGGCAACUUGACCUGCAAAGUUUGUGCAUCAAAAUGUCUUACACUCUUGAAAUUUGCAUGCACAAUUGGAGUUGCAAUCAUUCUUGUCAAAAGAUUCCAAAAAAUUUGUGGAGGAGAGAUUUCAACAAAUAUCUACUUUGUGAACAGUCUCUCAAGCAUCAGCAUUUCAAUAUGUUCUACUACGAACAUGUAUAGGGACACUGCUUACUUGGGUAAUUCCUCCAGUUUUUGGACCAACUUGACAAAAAUAAGUGACAGCAUCGAACAGGUUGUAUUUCAAUAUGGCAAUGGUGAACUUGUCACAGCUUAUGACUCUAAAUUGGAGAAAAACUUUACAAAUGUUAUGUAUACUCUCAAAAAACCACAGUUUGAUACAUUUAUUGAGAUUUGUCAUACAUUGGAUAUAAAACACUGGAAUAGGAUUAAGAAAAUAGAAGUUAUAGCAAAGAAAGAAUUGACAAUAUAUGUUCACAUAACAGGCCAGCUUCUUAGAUCAGGAAGACAGGGAUUCAGUUUCAUGAACAAAGAUACAACCCAACAAAUAAGUGCAAAAACUGGAUAUGUUUUUUAUUCAUCAUAUGUGUUUCAACUUGAUGUUUUGAAUCAAAAAAGGAUUUUGGAAGAUGGAUAUGAUGAAUAUUACUCUUAUGAUGACUGUAUUCUAGACAAAAUAUCAAAGAACUAUCAUGAUCAUGACAUAAAAGAUUUUUUGAUAUCAAAGGAAAAUAAGAAGAUUAGUAAAGUCAUUAAUGAAUCUUUAUUUAAAGAUCUUUCAAAUCAGUUUGAGUAUAUGAUAAAAAAUGGUAAAUGCAAUGACCCUAAUAUGAAGAUUCAGACUACCUAUACCCUUACAAGUCUGGACUCAAUGAAAAGAUCAAGUUUUAUUGGCUAUGAUGACCUUUUUGAAUAUGGUCUUGAAUUUCCAAUCUCAACACUGGUAAAAGAGGUUUUUUCAUCUUAUGAUAUAAUUUCUCUUAUUGGAGAAGUAGGAGGAUGGACAGGGUUACUACUAGGAUACAGUGUCCUUGGUUUUGCAUAUAUGAUUAGGGAAAAACUUGGACAAAAUUUUGGAUUCAAGAUAUUCUUGUGUAUUGUUAUUGGAAUAUCUGCUGCUAUUCUUUACCAGCUUACACUCUCAACGCAGAAGCUGCAGAGUAACCUGACAGGAAGUAAAGUAGAAUACAUGGAAGCAGAUCCUAAUCUUAAUAUUUCAAUAUCACUCUGUAAUCCAAGGGUGUCUUGGCCUACAAACAAUAUUACAACAAUUCGAAGAUUUGGCUCAAUAUUCCAAAGAGGUAAAGCAGAUACUAAAUGGAUUGAUUAUACAAAUACUAUGUCUAAGAUGUUUAUGUGGGAAGAGCACUUAUCAUAUGUUUAUGUAUGUAAAACACUGGAAUUUACUGGAGAAGAGAUUAAAAUUGAUCAUAGCUUUCUUUACCUAGAUGCUAUAUUUAUUCAUGAUCCCAGCUUUAUUACUGGUGACACUUCUUUAAAGCUUACAGGACUAGGGCUGCAGAAUGAGAACAAAAUUUUUCUUUUGAAUGCUAAACAGAUUCAAAGUAUUGAAGAAGACAACGUUUGCUCGAAUAAAAUCGAAUAUGAUUCAUGCAGAGAUGAUUAUAUAUCACAAGAGUUUAACAAUACAUUUGGAUGCAUCUACUAUAAUAUGAAGAAUCCAGGAAAUAAAUUUGAAAAAUGUGAAUCACUAUCAGGAAUUUUAGCAGUACAUUUUGAUUAGAAUAUUAAAAAGUUGAGUCAAAUGGUCACUAUAAAAUAUAGAAAAUAAAUUUAACAGGUCGAAAUAUUUAUAUCUCACCAAGUUUACUUUUAAAAGUAGAAUUUUGAUGUUUACAAUUUACCCAUUUAACUGAACAAAGUUAUGUCACUAACUAAAUAUAUAUAUAACAUGUAUAUUUGUCUGCUAUUAUAGAAGCAUAUAAAAUUGAAUUGUCAAAGCUAUCUAACAGCUUUAAGCUUGGUCUAAGUAAAUGUUUACAACCCUGCAGAAAAACUAUUCUGAAUGUUGAACUGCUCUACAAUGAAAACCCGAAAUCUAGAAAUAAGUAUCUGAUAAUCAGGAAGCCCAGGAAUAUCCAGGUUCUGACGAGUGAGUUCAUCUACACAUUCUGGGAGUUUACUGCAGAGUUUGGAGGGUGGAUUGGAAUACUCUUCGGAUUCUGCUUUCUGGAUAUUUUAAAUUUUGUUACAAAAAGUGUCUUACUUUUUGCAGACAAAUUUAAUUCAUAAAUAUUACUUGAAAAACUUUUAUUCUUCAAAUUUUUAAUGUUAUUCAUCAAAGCAUCCUAUAUCCAAUCUUUAUGCACAAAUUCUGUAUAUUUUGAAUUUAUGAAAAUACACGAUAAAUCUUGACUAAGGGAGAAAAUGAAACAGGUUUUUUUUAACUAACGGAA